CGGGAGGGACAGACGUUUAUAGUGCUGCACACAUACACACACAGAGACAAGACACAGGAAGCUCUGGGGAACUCGGGGGAAAAUGAACAUUUGUACCGCCCCAGAAGGACAAAUCUCUCGCUCAAAUAAAUCUUAAGAGGGGCACUGGGCACGCGGGAGUCGCAUUUUUGGUUACGAGUAACUUGUGGAAUUUAUCGGGCACAUUUUCCUGAAAAGAGACCUGGCUUCCCUCUCAACCCGUUUAUAUUAUAUUCCUACUCAUUUAAUUUCAUUUCGUCAGCUGCCCUAAAACAACUGUCAUCCUGAGAAGUGCGGUGUUGCAGGCAGCGGACGGUGCGUAAAGACCGAGGAGACACCAGCCGCGGACGAGCAACAGACACUUGUCUCCUUCACUUGCGGUUUUAUACUUUAUUUAUUAUUUAUACUUCAGCCUAUUUAUUUGGGACUUUUUCCGUCUACUUUGGGGCGUCGGUGGUGAUUUCUGUGGAAUAUGGUGGGGGAAAUGGAAACGAAAGAGAAGCCGAAGCCGACCCCAGACUAUCUGAUGCAGCUCAUGAACGAUAAGAAAUUAAUGAGCAGUCUGCCCAACUUCUGCGGGAUCUUCAACCACCUUGAACGUCUUCUCGAUGAAGAGAUCAGCAGGGUACGAAAGGACAUGUACAACGACACGUUAAAUGGGAGCACGGAGAAGAGAAGCUCAGAGCUCCCGGAUGCUGUCGGCCCUAUCGUUCAGCUCCAAGAGAAACUUUAUGUGCCUGUUAAAGAAUAUCCUGACUUUAAUUUUGUGGGCCGGAUCUUGGGCCCGCGGGGGCUCACAGCCAAACAGCUGGAGGCAGAGACAGGAUGUAAGAUCAUGGUGAGAGGGAAAGGCUCCAUGAGGGACAAAAAGAAGGAGGAGCAAAAUCGAGGCAAGCCCAAUUGGGAGCAUCUGAAUGAAGACCUCCAUGUGCUCAUCACGGUGGAGGAUGCCCAGAACCGUGCUGAGAUCAAGCUGAAGCGUGCAGUGGAGGAGGUUAAUAAACUACUUGUGCCUGCGGCUGAAGGGGAGGACAGUCUGAAGAAGAUGCAGCUGAUGGAACUGGCCAUUCUUAACGGCACCUACAGAGACGCCAAUAUCAAAUCACCUGCCCUUGCAUUCUCUCUUGCAGCGAGCGCCCAGGCACCCCGGAUCCUCACUGGCCCAGCACCUGUCCUGCAGCCCACAGCCUUGCGUACACCCACGCCCGCGGGGCCCACCAUCAUGCCCCUCAUCCGCCAGAUCCAGACCGUCAUGCCCAACGGCUCAGCCCACCCAGGAGCCACCACCCUGGUGCAACCCGGUCCGGAGUCGGGCCUGAUUUACACGACACCCUAUGAGUACCCCUACACGCUGGCCCCCGCUACCUCUAUUCUGGAGUAUCCAAUCGACCCCAGUGGGGUGUUAGGGUCCUCAAAGGCCGAAGAGCUGCCGCUCUACCUGGGCUUUCAGACCUGUCACAUUCCCAUCACACUCCAGCGUGGAGAGCCAACCGGUCGGCCUCCCUUUUAAAGUGGCCCCUCCUCUGUCCCCACCCCUCCAACAAGCCCCUCCCUCACAUCACAGACACGCCCCUUCCCGUGUCCCCCACCUCCCUCAAAUCGGACUGGCUGGACUCCCCAGCCUCUUUUACUUUCUGUUUGUUUUUGUUUUUUUCAUCGAAUCAUGUUUUAUUUUAUUUUAUUUUAUUUUAUUUUUUUGUAAUUUUAUCAAUGUGAUGUUUUAGUUUGUUGUGUGUAUAGUGAUGUGGGAGACAAAGCACUGAGCCCCAAAACUGCUGCACGAGUCUUUCUGAAUGACCCCCAUCCCUCAGACUGAGCAGGCUGCAUCAGGGUUAGGGGCAUCAGGAAGGGCAACAUGAGGAUGGUGAGGGGACAGUGGGGGUCAAAUGGGGGCUUCUUAAAUUGGGAGGGGGGACUAUUUGAGAAAGGGUUAUCUAUUGAAAGCCAGGCUCUUCACCGAGCAGUUUUAGGACAGUUUAAGUUCACUUAUAAUGGUGUAUUAUGGCUGGAAAGUCUUAAGAGACAUAUACAGUCACAUAGAAUACAUUGUCGGCUUAAAGAAACCUUUCUAUUUAAAAGUGAAUCUCAGAAAGUCUGUUAAGAAGAUGUUUUGGUCAUAUUUUCAUAUCUUACAUAAAAAUGUAUAGGAAGAAAAUAGAAAAUACAGUACUGUGCAGAGGUUUUAGGAACUUGUGAAAAUUGUUGUAUAGUGAGGAUUUCUUCAAAAAUAAUGCCAUAAAUAGUUUUCAUUGAUCAGUUAACAUCAUACAAAGUCCAGUAAACAUAAAAAAGCUAAAUCAAUAUUUGGUGUGAUCACCUUUGCCUUUAAAACAGCACCAAUUCUCCUAGGUACACCUGGACACAGUUUUUCUUGGUUGUUGGCAGAUAGGAUGUUCCAAGCUUCUUGGAGAAUUUGCCACAGUUCUUCUAUCUAUUUAGGCUGUCUCAAUUGCUUCUGUCUCUUUAUGUAAUCUCAGACAGACAUGACAUCUGUUGCAGGGCUCCCUGUUCUUCUGUUGUAAUCUUUUCUAUUUGCAAAAGUAAUGUUUGGGAGUCUAACAUUUAUAUUUCCUAUUGACACACUAAAGCUGAAGAUAUAAAUAAUCAUCUUAAGACAAAUGCUUUUGUGAAACAUCUUAUGUGCCUAAAACUUUUGCACAGUACUGUAUAUUGGCAUAAAGAAAACAGCAUUUUUGCUUUGUAACAUUAUUUUUAUGAAAGAUAAGUAUAUUUACCCCGCAAAUUCUCAUUAGUGUAAUGCAAAAAAAUAAUAGUGAUAUAUUAUUUGACAUAUGUACAUGGUCAUAUCUGAUAUAAAUUAUAAUAAUAAAAAAAUCACAUUAUGUCUUUACUGUAAUGGUAUUUUUUAUUUUUAUUAUUAUUACAGUAAUGGGUAUCUAAGGAGAAUUGAGCUAAAGAUAAAAUUAUCUUUAAGAUCAUGCAUAGGUUUAUAGUUGUUUUACCUAUGUUUAUAUUUUAACCUGGAUUUCACCAUGAAAAUAGCCAUAGAAGCUAGCAUGGUGUUAACAACAAAUAAAAUAACAUUAUAACAACAUCUUUGUUCCUUACUAUUUAACUUGUCACAAUAAUUUGUUAUUUCAAAUGAUUUAGUUAGAAAAGAAGUAGUUGAAAAAGCUUAAUGAAUUUAGCUUGGGCACCACUUUUAUUGUGCUUAAUUGCCAUUUAAAUAGUGUCACAAAGCAAAAAUUCUUAAUAGUUGCAAAAAUAGGCUUCAUUUUCUUUUUGCAAAAAUAUAAUUUCUUGUUUUUUCCACUUGAUUUUGUUGUCAAAUAUGACCUGGACUUGUUCCUGUGACAUUCUCCCUUUGAGUACCAUAUAGUCUCGUGAACUGUCCUAGAUCGUGCUUUGGUGAAACGUCUGACUAAUUGUGUGUGUUGCUUCCCCGAGGAUUGCCAGUCCCGGCACUAAUGUCCCAUUCCCUUCCUUUAUCCUUUAGGUGUGGCUUUCCACACGAAAGGCUAAAUGUGGAGCCUCACUGCACCCCUCAUCCCAUCUGAGUGUUAACACACACAUGCGCUUUCGUUUCACAGCUGCCUUUUUGGUUUUGAGUGUUGUUUGUUGAGAAGCAUGAAUCUGGGCCUAGCAGUCAGCCACACACACUCCUGUUUGUUUACACUGGCAAUUCCCAGAGCCCAAAGAGGCUGUACUUGUAAUGCCAUACAUAUGCCUCCAUACUCAUGCAUCUGUGCUGCUGACUGCUAUGUUUUAGAGUGGAAUGGAAAGAAAGAAAAAUCGAUCAAACAUUGUCCUGCUUUACUAAUCACUUAAUUCAUUGCUGUACAUUUCUAUUCUUCCUUUUUUGUACUAUACAGCAAAUGUGCCUACAUAUUUCCUCUCUGUGCCCAAGCUUAGAGAGUGAGUUUAUCAGUAUUAUAUUUAAAGAUCUUCUUCAAUGUCGCUCCACUGCAAGAUUACGUGACUAGUAAAGCUCCCUAGUUAGGGUGUGUACUCCUGUGUGCUCAUCACUAAUGUAUGUCAUACUGUAUCCAAGCUACGCAAAAACCCACAGAUCCACUGAGGAUAAAUGAAAUCAUGUUGGAAUUUUGUACUUUAUAGAUUUGCAUAUGGGGAAAAAAGUAUUAUUUGUGCCUUAACUUGUAUAAUUUAAAUGAUUUGCAUUUGUCAAACAUAUUUGGUCAUACCGAUCAAUUAUACGAUUCCUGUUUGAUUCAUCUGAUGGAAACUGUGAGGUUUGAUUGAUCUGUGUUUUCUGGUGAUGUUAUUGCAAUCUAAGCAGGUGCAGUGACAACUAAGGUUCGAAGGCACGAACUGCGCGUCCAUCCUUACCAAAGGGUAGUGACCGCAGACAGAGGUUAGUUUAGUCCAUGUGCUUCUAUUCAUUACCAGUAGCAACUCACUGUUGGUCCUGAUCUUUUGUGCAACGUGUGCAGUAUGAGCAUGUUAAAAGAUCCAGUGCUUGAAUUCAGCAGACUCAGCCUUCUGUGCCAUUUAAUAAGGUGUGUAGUAUGUGUUUGUUUUAAAGCCUUUGUUUUCUGUGCACACACACACACACACACAGACACAUGAUCUUUCCUGCGCAGGUAGAGUGGUUGACUUCAUUCCGUUAUUUUGAUGACUUUAUGACUUCAACAUAAUGUUAAUGACAAAUAAUGGAACUGUUCAUGUGAACAUGGGCUUAAAUCGAGUUUCCAUUAUGCUCUUUUCACAAAAUUAAAAUGUGUAGUUGAAGUUUCUAAUAAAAAAUUACAUUUAAUUUUGUUGAAUAUCAAUAAGUCAGUUUCAUGGAAUGUGUUAUUAAAUUGAAAUAAGUCAAUCGCAAAAAUAGGCUGAUUUAUUUUUCUGUGGUGUAAGGGUUUGUUCUAAUUCACUAACCCUUAGUUCACCCCAAAAAAAUGAAAAGUCUGUCAUCACUGUAAAAUGUAAAUUAAUUCUCAAUUAAAAAAAUUUCCAUUUUAAUUUAUCCUAUAAACUUUGCAAAUAAUUCAACUCCAAGCUCUAACGUACAGACUCCAUUAAAAGAUUAAUUUGUAGAUAACUUCAGCAGGCGUGCUAUCUGUAUUGGGAUUUUGUAAACUUUAUACUUUAAAAUUGAAAUUUGAAGUUUGAUGUGUAGAUAAUUUAAGCCUCAGGCAUGCUAUCUAUUUUGGGGUUUAAAUUUCAUUUUGAAAUUUAAAAUUAAAGUUUAAAAGUGUCCCAUUGACUUCAAGUAAUAGAAUGUUCCCCAUUCAAUCUAUUUGACAUCGAUUAGUACUUGUAAUGUCAUUUUUUAUUAAUCUCUUUACAUUUGUAUUUUGUUUUUUAUUAUUAUUAUUAUUAUUUACUAAGAAUCAAAGCCUAAAACCUCAGCUUACCUGCAUACCUUCUGCCCAAUAACCUUUAAAAAUUAGUUAGAAAAUUGAGAAUUCUUAGAAGAAAAAAAAAGGAUGUUGAGAAAAUGACAGGAUUUUUAUAUUUGCUGAUGAUAUAUAUCUGCAUCAUAAUAACAGCUAAAUGUACACCAAUAUUAUUACAUGGUCUGCAUAAAUGUUUAAAAUAGUGACUAACCCACAUUACCCACUAAAGUAAGAUGGUAGUGGUGUGGGAAAUGAUUUGAUAAGCAAAAUGUGCAUGUUAAUUUAUUUGCAGUAUUCAACACAAUGAAACAUAGAAAUAUUUCCAAAAAUUCAAAACUUAUAUUUGCCUGUUCACAUGUAUCUAGUUGCAUUUAAAUUCAGUUGGCGCAGGUUAAAAUUUUGUAAGUGACAUGUGUGUGUGCACGGUUAAUAUGUUUUGUUUGGUUCCAUCUUUAAUUUGGCUCGCUUUUGCUGGCAAAAAGACCACGGAUAUCAAGCAGAUCAGAUACUGAUAUUUUUGGCAAUGUUGUAUUUUCAUAUCCUUUUUGUGCUAUAUACAGGUUUUAUAUAAUAGAACUACUUCUUUGAAGAUAAAUUUAAGAAUCCAUUUGCACAGAGCUUCCAGAAUUCCAUUCUGUGCAUUUGUACUGGACCACACCAAUCACUUUUUAUUUCAGCCAUUUACUUUAUUAUUACUAUACUGUUGGUAUUUGCCUAAUUUCAAAAAGAGAUUAUAUGUGGCACAAAUCUUUUACUUUGCACUGAAUAAUAAAUCAUAAACAUCUCCUCUGCUCAUGAGAGUAAACAUGUUAAGUGAAACCUCCAUCAAACCUCAGACCAUGAAACUGGAAAGAAUCUAUUGAGUUCCUGUAAGAUCAGAGUCUUAUGGUGCACCACUGCUGAGUGGCAGAGUAUAGAUCAGGGGUCGGCAACCUAUGGCACGGGUGCCAGCAUUGGCACGCAGAGGGGUAAUCACUGGCACGCCAGCAACGGCGAGAGAGGAGUAGACUAUUUUAUUUAUAUAAAUUCCGCACCUGAUUCCAGUCUACAUCUUGAUGUAAUCCUUCCUCAUGAUCACGCAGCGUGUUUUCAUCAGCUGAAUGGGAGGAUAAACACUAUUUAAGUGUGACGAGACUCGCACUGCACGUGCAAGCCAUUCACACAUCACGAGCCGGCACCUCUUCACUUUCAGUUAAUCGCACGGGAAAACACGCCAGCUUUGCUUCGGUCAGGCUGCGGAUGACAGCCUAUAUUCCAUGUUUCAUUUGUUUCUUUAUGCUUUCAGAACAACACAUGAUGUAAUUAGGAAAACACCUCUAUUAAUCCAUGAGAUUUCCCUCAUUAAACCAUGCUCACACUCAAAAUUACAUGAAACGGUUAAAAGAGAAAACAUAAACCCACAUCAUGGGUUUCAAAAAUCUUUUCAAGUCUAUUCAAAAUAUAAAUUAAACCUGGAAAUAAAGUUUUAGGAUUUUGGAGAAGCGAUUCACCGAGAAGGGCUAAAUAGUUGAUCUGCUUGUGAUGCGCGAAUGGCUUGCACGCACAGCGCGAGUCUUGUCACACUUUAAUAGUGUUUAGUCUCACAUUCAGCUGAUGAAAACAUGCUGCGUGAUCAUGAGAAGGAUUACAUCAAGAUGUAGAUUGGAAACAGGUGCGAAAAACUUCAUAUACUGUAAAUAAUAUAGCCUGCCGAAACCUGGGAAGGAGGAGGGAUUCGCUGUCUCGGAGUCCUCGCCGCUGCCAUCUGCCUGGGGACGGAGGACUCACUGCCAUCCGCCAGGGGAGGAGUGAGCUGUCAUCCGCCAGAGGUCAGAGGAGUGGCUGAGGACCAGGCGACGGCGUGUCCGGGGACCGGCGAGCCAGUUUUCUCUUUCUCUGCUCUCUCUGUCACUCCGCCUCGCUAUUUCCCUCUCCCCUUUCCCUCGUCUCUCCCAAGGCUCCAGAAAGGCGGGGAAGACCUGCCGGCAGGCACGGCUUGAAGGGCAACCCCCCCCUCCAGGAAGGGGAGGGGAGGAGAGUACGUCAUGCCGGGGUUUCCCUGGCCUGAGUUGGGCGAUGAAGGAGUGUGACGAGGAGGAGUGCGGGGCCGGGCCGUAAGGACACACGCCCAGCCCAGAAUCGGCUAAUCAACCGGGAGGGGGAAAAAUGAGCCGGAGGCACCAGUUUGAGAGAGAGAGACACAUGCGGCUGCUGUGUGUGUCUAUGUGUUUGUGUUUAAGUUGAUUUGAGUUCAUUUAUGUUAUUAAAACUUACAUUAACUGUUCAGCCGGUUCCCGCCUCCUCCUUGCCCACCUUACCCUGUUACAACUGUGUUAACUCAUUUUGUACAAAAGGACAGGUUUUCUUUCAUUAAAGCACUUUCACAAGAUGCUCUGUGAAAAUUCACAUGCAGGAUUAUGAUUAUAUCAUAACCAUCGGGUUUUGCACACAUUUUUUCACUGAAACUGUUAUGCGGAUAAUAUCAUUUGUAAUGAAAAAUAAACAAUUAAAUUAGAAAAAUACAAAAUAGAAACAUUUUCACAAGUGGACUCAAACUUCGGAAAAUCACAUACAUGCCCAUGUUUUUGUUUUGUUUUGUUUUGUUUUGUUCCAUUGACCAGGAAAAUAAAAAAUGGCACUCCAUGUCAAAAAAGUGGCCGACCCCUGGUAUAGAUGCACUUAAGAAAAAAAUCCACUUGAUACAUGUUUUUUUAUAUUUUACUGUACAAUUCUUUUUGUUAUUUUGUUGUUGAAAAGAAAAUAGUAUUUACUUGUGGCUUUUCAAAAUAUAUAAAAAUAUAUAUCAAAAAAUAUAUAAAGCAGGAAUGUAUAUGAAAUGUCAAAUUUUACUUGUAUUUUGGAAGAAAUAGCAAUGAUAUUAUAGAGGGCUAUUUGUAGGAAAGAAAAAAUGUGCAUCAUAGCAGCUUUAUAGCACCACGUUAAAGAAUUUCCUAUAUUUUUGGAUAUAUGUUAGGGCUUUAUAUGGAUGACAGGACUUUUUCAAUGUUUAUAUGCAAAGGCAUUUUUAUAUUAUGUGUCCUGUGAUUUGUCAGUAGUCUGCAAUGCUGAGGGUAAUGGCUACAAUUCCUACGGCUUGAAUUUCCAUGGCUAUUAUAUGCUAGAAAAUACCUUGUAGUGUCGCUUUGUAUCAUUAAGGCCAAGAUUUUUAUGUUGUUGUAAAUAGAAAAAAAGAUUUUGAAAAGGCAAUAAAAAAAAUUUAUGGAAUAAAAAACGAUCAGCAGUUGUUUUGGCCCUAAAUUAUUUCUCCUCUCAAUGUGGACUAAAUGCCUCAAUUCUCAACAAAACAAAAAACAUUAAUCUUCCAUCUCCAUCUUAACUACCAGCUUAAAGCUUAGCAGCUGCCUCUCUCAAGGUGCGUUCACACUAAAGUUUGUGGUCUAUUCACUUCAAUUCAAACGCAUACGUGAAUAAGAAUGUAAGCUCAAGCUUCUGACUUGAAGAUGUUUGACCAAUAAUGGAUAUAAAAAUCACAGAUUGGCCUCUUGGUUUGCAGUGUUGCAGGAAAGUGGAGUAGAAAAUAUAAUUUAACAUUUAGAAUGUAUUAUUGUUUUUUAGAGAAUAAUAUUUAUUAAAAGCAAUAGCCCUAUAGAGUUGUGAUCACUAAUUUUCAGAUCCGCAGUUCAAAUUCUGACCCAAAAUUGGUUAGGAUUUAUUAUUGCUUACAUUUACAAAGCAUUUUGGCUGCCAACUUAAAAAAUGUACAGUACAUUUUCCUGAACAGCACUUUGCUCAUUUCAUUUCACAGCGAUAUGACAUACUGACUCCUGAAAGAUAUUUUGGGACCUUUGAUUGUUCAGACCUCUUGGAACUUUAACUUGCGUCUGCAGAAACAUUGCACACUUAAUGUCUAGUGUGGCCGCACCUUCAGUCUGUCUAUUCACAUUGACUGCUACUAACCACUGGACACAUUUACCACAGUUGAAUUCCUUUGUAUUUUCAGUGUUUUCUCUUUUGAUUUCUUCCUUCUUAACAUGUGACCUGUCAGGAUAGGCUGUCUGUCAUGCUGCAUGUAAAAUCAUGCAUUGAUGUCAUGAUUUUACUGUAUUACAGAAAUGAAGGCCAACAGUUAAUUCCAGGCUCUCAUAUCCAGUCAACCCACUGCGAGUUUUGGGCCUGAAAAAUACUCUACGUAAGACGUGAACAAAAACUCUUCUAGCUACGCAAGUUUGAUUUAGCUGCGUUAAAAAACAUGUCAUAAAGUAAUUCAAGUAUGCGUUCACACUGUUGCCACAAGGGGCGCUGUAGCAGACAUUAGCGUAAACUUUUCUUCUCCAGCCUGUUUCCUUUGUCAGGUCAACUACUAUAAUGGCGGAACAAGUUUGAAGAGAGUCUUGUUGAACAGGGACUAAAAACUAAAUAUUUUUUAUUCUCUGGAACAAUUGAAAGUGACUCUGUUCCUGUUUUUUAAAAAAUAAUAAUUUUCAGUGUUUGUUUUUGUAGCUUGAACCAUUUUUAGUCCCUUUUGCCGAGCAAGUUAGCUAAAGCUAAAGUGCUUAAUUUCAAAUUAAAUUGCAAAAAUAAUGAUUGUUUUCAAACAGGUUUACAAAACUUUUACCCAUGUAUGCCACUGGCCAAACAGAGAGAUAAUUUGUCCCAAACUCACGCCACUGGUUGAGCAAAUGUUGCUACGUCAAGCUGGUCGGGAUGCUCAUACAAACAGAACAAUGUUUGAUAGCACCACAGAGCUAAAGUUUUUUCCUACAAAUGGCUUACUUAUAGCUGUCUUUGCAUAGGCCUAUUUCAACAUUGACAAAAAUUAUGCACUUCAGCUUAAAAGUCGAUAUGCUUAUAGCUAGCUACCUGAAUAACAACAUACCCGGUUUAACCUCCUGAGACCCGAGUGUGACUGCUGUGUGUAUUUUCCAUUUCCCUUUUUGAAUUGUAACUAUUAGCACCUAAUAAACAUGCAAAAAUAAAAAAUUACAAAUCUAGAGCAAAUAAAAAUGUUAAAUAAUACUAAGCUUUGGAAAGUCCAAUUUUUUUUUAUCAAAUUGCUUAUUAUUUUUCCAGGAGUGUUGGUUAUUUAUAUUUUUUAGAUGUUACAGACAUUACAUCAGAAAUUAGCAUAAUUAAUUCUGAUUCAAAAUAAUGACCAAUAUCAUCAAAUCACUGCCAACCAUGUUAAAAUAAAAUUAUACAUUAUAAGUUCUGAAUCUAUGUACUGAUUAUCAUUGUCCCAUGUCUGCCAAACAUGUUGAGUGGUCCAAACAUCAUCUGCAGCCUGAAACUGAACUUUUGGUAGGACUUUUGGAUUGAAUGCACUUAGCUGCAUAGAGAGCUAUAGGAUGCUCCUUUGCUUCCUAUUUAGUGAAUGACUUAACCUCCAGUGUACUGUCUGUCUGCACUGGUCUCAGAACAGUUCGAAAUGCACCUUAUUUUCAUCCUAACUCCAUAUAAAGCCUCUGAAAACAAACUUUUUCAGCUUUUGGAUGAACCCAUUGACUCUCAAUGUGAAAAUGCACAGUAAAUAUAUAGAAAUGCAUUUACUAAUGUUAAUGAAUAGAACCGUAUUGUACAGUAAUAACAAAAUAAAAUAUGACAAAAUUUAUAUUAAAAUGAAGCGAAAUUACUCACAGAUGGGUUAGAGUUGAAAGUUAUUCAAAAUAACUAACAUGUUGUUUAAACUUUAGGGAAUAAUGUCUCACAUUUCACAUAUAUGGACAUCAUGUUUAUCAGCACGCUGAUGCGCAAAAAAUUUAUACAUUUUUUAAAGUGGCAUAUCAAACAAAACUAGAGACACUACUCUUUCCACCCAAACAGGUUUCAGUGUAAAAAUGUAAAGAGGUUUCUUACCAGAGGCACUUUUGUUAGCUCUGUGUCCGGCACUUCACAGCAAUCGACGUCAUGUUGUUGUGUCACGUGACUUGGUGCGCCAGCAGUUUAACACUUAACUGACGGUCUAGAGUCUUGUGAACAGUGUUCAGUUGGCUUAAAUUAAUUUAAAUUAUGUGUUGCAUUUAGCAAAGCCAAAAUACAACGUCCACGCUUUUGGAUGCAGAGUCGCACAAGGUUAAUGGUGCAAACAUCUUAAGGUAUCUCUGUCGCCCCCUUGAGUAGCCACAGCAACGCAAGAGCGCACGCAAGUAUGUUCAGUACGUUCAGUAUUUUUUUCCGGCCUUACUCGCAAGAUCAGCUGAUUUUCACAUUUUGUGCCUAGCAAAACAUCACCUAAACGGUGUUGUGCAAGAUAUGAAACCUGCGCUCGUGGAGAUUUGACUGAAUCAAAAGCCUAAUUGUGAUUAGUUUAUAAAUACUUUUCAUAUUGUCAUCCUGCUUUCACUAACUGAAACUAAUCUCCUCUCUAUCUUGUUUUUCUUUCCUCCUUCUUUUGUUUCCCUCCUGUCCUUGUUUUCCUUUUCUGUUCGGUUGUCUCUUUAACCCACCCAGCCACCACUGGCAACUAACCCUUGACCUUCUGACCUCUUCACCCAAUGACGACCUGCUCAUUACCUGCCUGCAGAUCACACCUCUGCCCUAAACAUGAAUGAAAGAAAAAAGAGUAUCUAAGAGCCUUCACUUGUCAAAGGCAAUGGAUAUACAGCUUCCCAAAAGCUCACGUGUCGGACACGGGUGGCAGAUGGCCGCCACUAACUUCUCAGAGGGGGCGGACGGUCCUGCCACUGUAGAUCUGAACUGAUCUUUGUAAGCAAUAAGCAAUAAUGAUUUCCCCCGCACCCUCUAAAUCAAAGCCAGACCUUCAACAACUCCUAGUUCACUGCAAUAUAAGCUACAUCACAAACAACACAGGCCCUUCUUACAGUGGAGAAAAACGGAUGUCAACUGCCCUCCAUCGCACUCCAAAUCAUGUCACUAAAAUGAUCCUCAAGUUACGGUAAUGAAUCUGUCUCUGAAUGUAUUGCAUGAUGGUGUGGAUGGUGCAUGCACCUCUUUAUCUCAUCAUGGCAACCCUGUGAACUGGCGAAUAUGUCUGCAGUUCUAUAUCCUAACCGAACGGGCCAUUAUAGAAGUAAUUUCAGCUAGGCAGCGUGAGUCAAUGCUGACUUAAUCUAAUAUGUAAGAAGAAGUGUAUUUUCAGUAUUCAUAUGAAAGCAUUUCCCUUCCGGAACGAUUCGACACUUCAGUCAACGAGCCUCUUUGAGGAUGUAUAAGCCAUGCUUGCCUAUCUGCUGUACAAAUGUAUGAAAUUUGUAGAUAACAUGUUCAGAGAGAGGAAAAAGAAAACACAUGUACAGAAACAACUUUUAUUAUUCUCCAGAGAACAUCUAUUUUUACAACUUGAGAUUUUAUACUGACAAACAUUGUGAUGAGAAAAAAAAAAAAAAAUUAAAACUGAACCCUUUAUGAAGUGAAAACAAUCCAGUUUUCUUUAAUUGGAUGUAGACACGGAUGACCAAAACAUCCCUCUCGUUCUAUGGAAGGGGUUGAUAGGGAAAUAUCAUUUAAGUGCCUUAUCAAGGUUUCUCAUGGUUCAUGUUUAAUCUGAAUGUCAUCUUUAUUGGCGAAUGAGCAGAACAGAUCAGUACACACAGCUUUUCCUUGAAAAACACUACCAGUAAAAAGUUUGGACAAACUUGACUGAAUAUGUUUCUUACGGAAGCCUCGAACCGCAAGGUGAAAAAAAAACUUUGUGAUUUUUUUUAUUUUUUUAUUUUAUUUUUUUUUUAGGUGUCUUAGUGCCUUCCUAAGCCUAUGUCCUACAAAAUACAAUUAAAAAAAUUUGUUUAAAAAAAAAAAAAAAUGUGUUUUUCUCUGAAUUUUUUUUUUUUUUUUUUCUCUAAAAAAAAAAUCCGAUAUGGUUCAGGGCCUCCAUAGUUUCUCAUGAAACAACUCAUCACUGAUGUGAAGACUUAUGCUUGAAAUUAGUUUUGUAGACAAAUAUAAAUUUUGACUAUGCAUGAAUUUCUUUACAAAACUAACAAUCACGCCAUGAGACUUUGUAAUUUUCUUUUUUUUUUUUUAAUUAUAGAAAUCAUUUUCACACAAUAAAUAUUGAAAUGGUUUAUGUUUAUUUCACUCUUUGUUUAGAUUAUUAAAGUUUUAAACGUAGUAAUUUUUAUUUUAUUAAUGGAUUUUCACAGUUUAUUAUUGAAAGUCUGGUUCUGGAACAAGGAUAAAACUGUAAAAAUUGUACAUAAAAGGCAUUUGAAAAGUACCAAAAAUAAAUGACGAAGGCCUGUUAAAAAAGUUUCCGAUUCAGUUUUAGUGCGACCUUCAUAUGACAAAAAGAAAAAAAGUUUACAUUUGUUAAAAACAACCCCUGAGACAUGAAAUUGUCAGACGUAGAUUAAAUAACCAUAUAUACCUUUUUGAAAUGGAUGAGUUGACAAAUGUCAAGCCUGCAUGGGAACUCCUUCAGUACUGUUUGAAAAGCAUCUCAGGAUGCACUUCAUGAAGUUGGUUGAGAGACAGAACCAGAGUGUUCAGGGCUGGAAUCUAGACAAAUGAUACUUUUUGGUUAUUUAAUUCCCACACUUCCAUUUGCGUUAUUCAAUAGCUUGGGUGACUUUACUAUAAUUCCUUAAUGUGGAAAAUAGUAAUAGUAAAGCAUAAGUAGGUGUGUCCAAAUGUUUAACUGUUAGAAAAAAUACCACCAGCCUAUACCUGCCUUCCUGUUUCGGCUGCAACGAGUCAAAGUUUCAGCCCAGUAUUACACGAUGAUCCAAUUCAAGGCCUUCCGCACCACACACUUAUUGACAAACAGAUUUGGGGACUCAGCGCUGAUUUAUUGCCUUCAAUCUUGACUCAUCCUUCAGAAUUGUGAGUAUUUCGCUCGCAGUACUUGAAGAAUGAAUAAAACGAUGAAUUUUGCACUUUAUUUUAAAGUUCAUUGCAUUGUAAUAUCAGUGUGGUAAGACAUAUAUAACUGUCCCAACUAUAUGGAUAUACUGUAUGGGAAUACAUAAGUAUGAUAAUACAUUAUUUCACUAUUAACAGAGGAUAAGCUGUGUGUUCUGGGCUGCACUAUAACAUAAUGUGUGUCCCCCUCGAAACUCUUUCUUUACUAUGCAACAGAAUGGCCUCUGACGUCUUGAGGGGAGUCUCUAUGACAUCAAACAUGUCUUCCUGUUGUGUCUGUAUCCACCCCCCCCACCCCCCUUCCCCACA